UCGGAGAGCAGCAGCCAUGGCCCUGCGCUACCCCAUGGCCGUGGGCCUCAACAAGGGCCACAAGGUGACGAAGAACGUCAGCAAGCCGAGGCACAGCCGGUGCCGCGGGCGCCUCACCAAGCACACCAAAUUCAUGUGGGACAUGAUCAGGGAGGUUUGCGGCUUUGCGCCCUAUGAGCGGCGUGCCAGGGAGCUAUUCAAGGUGUCCAAGGACAAACGCGCCCUCAAGUUCAUCAAGAAGAGGGUGGGCAUGCACAUCCGGGCUAAGAGGAAGGGGGAGGUGCUUAGCAACGUGCCGGCAGUCAUGAAGAAGGCAGCGGCCAAGGACUGA